AUGGGCUUCUGUAGUUCUUCAUAUGUUUCAAGGAAAACGGAUUUUUUUGUAGAAGGUGUAGAUGAGGAAACAAUUCCCAAAAUCAAACAGAUAUCUGAAGAUGUUGAAGUUGUCUGUAGAAUACUAACUAGAGAGCCCCAUUUGAGCGUAUGCUCUUCUCUUGAUCAGUCUGGAGUAAAGGUCUCGCCUGAAUUAGUGGUUGAAGUCUUGAGGAGGCUCACCAACGCUGGAAAACUGGCACUGUCUUUCUUCCGUUGGGCGGAGAAGCAGAAAGGUUUCGAGUAUUCUACCGAGUGCUAUCAUAAUCUGAUCGAUGCCCUCGGCAAGAUCAAACAAUUUAGACUGAUAUGGGAUCUGGUUUUUGUCAUGAAGGAACAGAGAAUUUUGACUAAGGAAACAUUUGCAUUGAUCUCUCGAAGGUAUGUAAGGGCCAAGAACAUCAAAGAAGCAAUUGAAACCUUUGAGCGGAUGAGAAACUUUGAUCUGAGGCCAGACAUCUCAGAUUUCAACUCCUUCCUCGAUACCCUCGGCAAAUCUAAAAACGUGAAGACUGCUCAAGAAAUCUUUGUUGACAUGAGGAACAGGUUCUCUCCUGAUCUUAAGACCUACACAAUUCUACUGGAAGGUUGGGGGAACAUGUUGAAUCUGGGGAAGAUGACAGAAGUUUACCAGGAGAUGAUGAAUGGUGGCUUCGAACCAGACAUUGUUUCAUAUGGAAUUCUGAUCCGAGGCUUCGUCAAGUGCAGAAAGCUAGAUGAGGCAAUCAGACUCUUCAAGGAGAUGGUGGCAAGGAAUAUUAAACCAAGUCCUCAUAUUUACUGUACUCUAAUUAAUGGCUUAGGUUCAGAGAAGAGGUUGUCUGAGGCCUUAAAGUACUUUGCAUUAUCAAAAGCCAGUGGCUCUCCAGUUGAUAUUCCCAUGUAUAACGCAGUGAUUGGAUCUUACUGUUGGUCCCAUCAGUUUGAAAAUGCAUACAGGAUCUUGCCCGAGAUGAAAAGUUCCGGGCUUAGCCCAAAUGCCCGCACCUACGAAGUAAUACUUCAUCAUCUCAUAAAGGCUGGGAGAAUUGAAGAGGCGUACCAGGUUUUCCUAAGGAUGGGUGAUGAAUCUGGUUGCGAACCUGAGCUCAAUACUUACACCAUGAUUGUGCGAAUGUUCUGUUCAGAGGAGAGAGUGGACAUGGCCCUCAAAGUAUGGGCUCAGAUGAGUGACAAUGGGAUCAUUCCUUGUAUGCACAUGUACUCUGUCCUUAUCAAUGGAUUGCAGCAUCAGGGUAGACUGGAGGAAGCUUGCUUGUACUUCCAAGAGAUGAUAGACAGAGGUCUCAGGCCACCAGGGCGGUUGUAUGGAGAUUUGAAACAGGCUCUCCUUGAUGGGGGUAAGGGGGAUUUGGCUAUGCACAUGGGAACAAAGCUGGAGAUGUUGAGAACAACCCCACUAACGGGUUAG